CAACAAACACUAACAAACUAAUCAUGUUUUCUUCAAAGAGUAAUCAUUUAAAUAUUAUCUAUAAUUCAUUAAAAUACCAAGUGUAGAUCAUACAUGCCUACAUAUAAAGUGUUGUUUAUUAUAGUGUUAGCUUUCAGUGUUUUUGUUUAAACCAUUAACUCUGUUAAUUCUCUUCUUAAAGAUGGCGUUCAUUAAAGAGGAAGAGAGUGAAGACAUAAAGAUGGAGUUUAUUAAAGUUGAGACUGAAGACAUAAAGAUUGAAGAAACAAUCAGUGUGAAACAUGAAGAUACUGAGGAACAAACAGACCUGAUGGAAGAAAGCAAUGAGAGUGAAGAACUAAAGACAUUUCUAAAGAAAAGAGCCAAGAAAUCUUUCACCUGCACUCAGUGUGGAAAGAGUUUCUCAACCAAACAACAUCUUAAGAUUCACAUGAGAGUUCAUACAGGAGAGAAGCCGUUCACAUGUGAUCAGUGCAGGAAGAGUUUCAGUCAAUCAUCAAGCCUUAAAGAACACAUGAAAGUUCACACUGGAGAGAAACCGCACACAUGUGAUCAAUGUGGGAAGAGCUUCACAACCAAACAACAUCUUAAGGUUCACAUGAGAGUUCAUACAGGAGAGAAGCCGUUCACAUGUGAUCAGUGUGGGAAGAGUUUCACACGAUCAUCAAGCCUUAAAGAACACAUGAAAGUUCACACCGGAGAGAAGCCGUUCACAUGUGAUCAAUGUGGGAAGAGUUACACACAAAAAGGACAAUCUUAA